AUGUCUUACAACACCGGGCAAUUUAUGAGCGAUCCCCGCCCCGCGCCGAAGCCACCCACCAAUCGCCCUCCGCUGAGCCUUACUCCCAACAAUCUCGCGGGCAACAUGUCAAAUUUGAGUAUAUCAUCCCCGAUUUCUGCCACAACUACGUAUAGCGGAUCGACCGUCAGCCUGCCGAUUUCACGACAGGGUUCUGGUGGCAAUGCGGAUGGCGCUGGAGGUCUUGCUAUCAUCAAGCAGGGCUAUGUCGGUCUGCCGAGCAAGAACCCAUUCCAGACAUGGAAAAGCAGGUUCAUGAUUUUGCGGAAGGAUGUUCUGGAUUUUCACAAGAACGAAAACGGCAAGCACCUGUACAAGAUUUUGCUUGCUGAUGUCGUCAGCGUCGAUCGAGUCCCCGACCCUAAUGGCGACCCUGUCUUCGAAAUUAGAAGGCAUUCAACCAACCAAUACGAGGCUCCUCCAGGUGAGGACCAGGGCAACGGUGUGAAAGCGACCAAGAUCUGCGUCAAGACAGAUGACGAAUUAUAUGAGUGGAUUGACUGUAUUUACGCUCGCUGCCCUGGCGGUGUUAGCAAUCCUGUUAACUUCUCUCACCCUGUUCACGUUGGCUUCAAUCCGCAAACAGGACAGUUCACAGGUCUGCCUGAGGAGUGGACUCGUUUGCUCAAUUCGUCCGCCAUCACGAGAGAAGAUGUCGAGAAAAAUCCUCAAGCCGUCUUUGAGGUUCUUGAUUUCUACUCGGACAUGACGAAACGCGCUGAAAACCCGGAGCAUUAUGCUUUUGGCUUGCCGGCACCGACGCCAUCGCCGAGCGCCCGGUACCAUGAGACGCUUGGCCUCCCAAGCGGAACCUCAGUUGCGCCGCCACGCCAAGUGAAGCCCAUUCAGCGCACCGCUACAAAUCAGUCCAGCGCAGCUACCCCCUCUCGGACCGAGCCGCCCUCAUCAACUCAACAGCAAUUACAGGGUGUGUCUCCCAACUAUAUCUCGCCGGAGCGCAUGCGGGAAGAGCAACGGGCGCGUGAACGGGAACGGGAACGUGAGCGAGAACGUGAGCGCGAGCGCGAAAAGGAGAGGGAACGACAACUGGCCGAGGAGCGUGAACGUGAACGUCGGGAGCUGGAGGAGUACAAUGCUUCCCUUCCUAAGACUAAGGUGCCCCUUGCUCAGCAAGAGCUUGGUGGCUACGGAAGCGCUCCCCCAGAUCGUUUCAACCCGACUCGACCGGCACCCAAGGCUCCUCAAGCUCCUACACUGCGGGCGCAGAGGCCCGCUCCUCCCCCCCCAACCAGCUCUUCUCGUCCACCUCUGACUCAGCAGUCCAACUCUCAGUCAGCUUCGCAGACACAAAGACCAGCCCGGCCCGACCAGAGCAAUGCUUCGGCCAGCUCCCGUUAUCCCAAUGGCUCUGCAUCAUCCCGUGCUCCGAAUAACGCAGCUCAAGCGCAACCACCUUCCCGUUUGCCGGCCCCUGUGAAGCCUCUAAAUGUCAACAAGGCUGGUGGUAACCCAGAUGCCGUCAAGGCCGCGGAGGCUGCUCUUACGGCUGCCAGACCCCCCGAGCGCAAGCAGGAUGUGCGCAUGUCGACCAUGACGGAGAGCGAGGUGAUGGCGAAGUUGAGAGAGGUGGUGUCCAAGGACGAUCCCAACAGGCUGUACGCCAAGCAGAAAAAGAUUGGACAGGGCGCUUCUGGCUCCGUCUAUGUUGCCAAGGUUAUCGGCACCAAGCCUGGCAUGCCUCCUGUUCAGCUGGCAAAGUCUCGCGGUAACAGUGACAGAGUUGCGAUUAAGCAGAUGGAUCUGGCACACCAGCCCCGCAAGGAGCUUAUUGUUAAUGAGAUCUUGGUUAUGCGGGACAACAGGCAUCCUAACAUUGUCAACUUCCUGGAUGCGUUCCUCAUGGACAACGAGAGAGAGCUCUGGGUUGUCAUGGAGUACAUGGAGGGCGGUGCUUUAACCGAUAUUAUCGAGAACAACCCUGUCAUUACCGAGGAGCAAAUUUCGACCAUCUGCCUGGAGACCUGCCAAGGCCUUGAGCAUCUGCACUCGCAAAACAUUAUCCACCGCGACAUCAAAUCUGACAAUGUCCUUCUGGACGCUCGCGGGAAUGUCAAGAUCACCGACUUUGGCUUCUGCGCCAAGCUCACUGAAGCCAAGUCCAAGCGUGCCACCAUGGUCGGUACGCCUUACUGGAUGGCUCCCGAAGUUGUCAAGCAGAAGGAGUAUGGCCCGAAGGUGGACAUUUGGUCGCUGGGUAUCAUGGCUAUUGAGAUGAUCGAGUCGGAGCCUCCUUAUCUGAACGAGGAACCUCUCAAGGCUCUGUAUCUCAUCGCUACCAACGGCACCCCAUCCCUCAAGAAACCCGAGAAGCUAUCUAAGGAGCUCAAGGCCUUCCUCAGCGUGUGCCUGUGCGUUGACGUGAACUAUCGUGCGUCAGCGAAGGAGCUGUUGAAUCAUGAGUUUUUGAAGCACGGGUGCCCCUUGGCAAGCUUGGCCGAUCUGCUGGCCUUCAAGAGGGUGGCCAAAUAA